AUGGCUGGGCGCGUGAAAAAGGCAGCACCCAAGAAAAAAGCCGCUGGCUAUAAAAUGCCAGCUCCUAUUCCUACUGGUGAAGUUAUUAAGGAUACUCUCUUCAAAAAGGAAUGGCGGAUAGGACCGUCUAUUGGUGUAGGAGGAUUUGGAGAAAUAUAUUCUGCCUGCGACCAUACUUUGAAAGCCAAAGGGUCAGAUUACCCCUACGCUAUAAAAAUUGAGCCUCAUGAGAAUGGACCGCUUUUUGUGGAAAUAAAUUUCUAUCUCAGGAAUGCCAACAAAGAUGACAUUGCAAAGUUCAUGCAAAGCCGAAAGCUGACAAGCUUGGGCAUGCCAACAUACUUCGGCAAGGGGUCCCAUGAAAGCAAUGGAGUCACUUAUAGAUACUUGGUCAUGGAGCGCUUUGGCAAAGAUGUGUGGAGUUUGUUCACCGAGGCCGGAAAGUCAUUCCCACCAGCUACUGUCUUCCAAUUAGGUUUACAGAUGCUUGACGUGUUAGAGUACAUACACAGUCGUGGCUACGUACAUGCGGACCUCAAAGGUGCCAACAUGCUACUUGGUCUAAAGAAAACUGCUAAGAACCAAGUAUAUCUUGUAGACUUUGGCCUAGCCACGCGACUGAAGGAGGACCAGCCGUUCACCCCGGACCCAAAGAGUGCACACAAUGGUACCAUUGAAUACACAAGCAGAGAUGCACAUUUGGGAGAGCCUACAAUGCGCGGAGACCUGGAGAUCCUUGGCUACAAUAUGCUGCAGUGGCUGGUAGGAGAGCUGCCCUGGGAGAAGUCCCUCAAGCAACCAAAGACAGUGCAAGCCAUGAAGGAAGAGUUCAUGAAGAGUGUUCGAACUAAAAUAAAGAGCAUGACUAGCAAUGUACCUGAUGCACUAAUCAAAUUCUUUGAAUAUAUAAACACAAUGAAGCCUAAAGAAGUACCAGAUUACAAGAAAUGUCGAAAAUUGUUCGAAGACUACCUCAAGACUGAAGGCAAAACUAGAAAUAGUACUUUGGAAUUCUCUCCUAGUAAGACUAAGUCACCAAGCAAAGGUAGAACAAAGAGAGUUAUUGCUGUAGACAGCGAUGGUUCUGAUGAAGAGGCUGAAGCACCUGUGAAGGCUACCAAACAAAAUGGAGAUGUGCCAAAGAAACGAGGAAGAAAACCCAAGGUUACAGAUGCAGAUACAGAGAAUAAGGCCCCAGAAGUGAAAGAAAGAAAGACAAAAGUUAAAAGGAAAUCAUCAGAGCCAGCUGUAUUGGUUAAAGUUAAGAAGACGAGGUUAAACCCAACAUCCACGCCCCCUGCUAAGGAGAACCACACCAACAUAGCCACACAGACAUCGAUUGAGAAAAAUAAGUACAGUCCGAGACUGAAUACUUCCAGACAUGUGUCCUUCGAUAGUCCAAUCAGUGAAAUAGUAGGUGACAGUAGCAAGAACAGUGGUAUCAACUCAAGCGGGGACAUAUUCGAUGAUUCCUUCACUAUAAAGGAGGUUAAAGUUAAGCCCAAGAGAAAAUUACUAUCAAAUGAAGAGGUACUUGUUAAGAGAGUAAUUAGGAAAAAGGUUACGAAUGUGAAAAAAGGGAAGUCUUGGAAAGAUCUCCCUACCGUUGUAAAUGGGCGGUCGCCACCCAAGUAA